AAAAUGGAACCGUGCACACCAGAAUAGCAGAAGAUAUAAAAACAGUUCUCUCUCUAAUUUGCACAUCACCACGUGACACAUGUUUACAUCCUCAGCUGUUCCUUCGGUGUGAAGAAACUGUAAGUGUUCAUUAGCUAGCUGGAUAGCAACCUCAAAAAAACAGAAAGCAGCACAACAACAAACGUCGUGAAAGGCUAGCUAACGGUGUCUUGCUAACUUAGUCUACUGGCUGGCAAACAGUUUUCAUACAAAGACGAAGUGCAUCCUGUAUGUUAUUCAGAAAUAUCUUUGACUCCACCAUGAUCUGAGCUGACCUCAGGGGAGCUCAGCUUCUGGAUCCUUCUGCUAGCCUCUGAUCUCCAUGCCACAGUGACGAGCCAGCGCUCUGCCUGAGGAACAGUCCCCCUCCUUGUUCUCCGUUCUUUCCUCUCGUCACCAUGGGAGGUGCCGUGAGCGCCGGGGAGGAUAACGACGACCUCAUCGACAACCUGAAGGAGGCCCAGUACAUCCGCACAGACCGAGUGGAGCAAGCCUUCCGGGCCAUAGACCGCGGUGACUACUACCUGGAGGGCUACCGGGACAGUGCCUACAAGGACCUGGCCUGGAAACAUGGCAACAUCCAUCUGUCCGCACCCUGCAUAUACUCUGAGGUGAUGGAGGCUCUGAAGCUCCAGCAGGGGCUGUCCUUCCUCAACUUGGGCAGUGGAACAGGCUACCUGAGCACAAUGGUGGGCCUCAUCAUAGGGCCGUUUGGCGUGAACCAUGGGGUUGAACUCCACAAGGAUGUGGUGGAAUAUGCCAAGGAGAAACUAGAGGACUUCAUAAAGAGUAGUGACAGCUUUGAUAAGUUUGAGUUCUGUGAACCCGUCUUUGUGGUGGGGAACUGUUUAGAGAUCUCAUCGGACAGUCACCAGUACGAUCGCAUCUACUGCGGGGCCGGGGUACAGAAGGAUCAUGAGAACUACAUGAAGAUCCUGCUCAAAGUGGGUGGCAUUCUUGUAAUGCCGAUUGAGGAUCAGCUGACCCAGAUAACCAGGACUGGCCAAUGCUCCUGGGACAGCAAGAACAUCUUGGCUGUGUCUUUUGCCCCUCUGGUCCAACAGAACAGAGCUGAUGUUGACAAGCCUGAUUCUGUGGAACUGCCUCCUGUGAUUGUCAGGAGCCUCCAGGACCUGUCUCGCAUCUACAUCCGUCGCACCCUGCGUCACCUGACCAGUGAGGAGAGCUUCGCCAAGGGCCUGGUGCAAAGAGUACCGCAGAAACGUAAGCGGCGGCGUUGCCGGCGGCGACGCAUCAACACCUACGUGUUUGUGGGCAACCAGCUGAUCCCCCAGCCCGCUGAGAGCGAGGAGGACGAGAGGAUCGAAGAGGAGCACCGGGAGGAGGAGGAGGAGGAGGAGAAAGACACCGAGGUCUUGAAGCCAGAGGAGCCCCAAGUCAACGUGCUGAGAGACAAGAUCAAUGCUUUACCACUUCCUGAGUCCCUCAAGGCCUAUGUGUUAUACUACAGAGAGAAAUGACUGCUGAAGCUCAAUGUGCUGUUCAUUCCAGACGAAUGCAAAGCCUGCUGAGUUGAUUUUCCUCUUAUUUCUUUUUCAGUACAAAUGUAGCAUUCUUUUCAUUUAAUCUUUGAUGGUAACCUCGUAAUGGAGAGAGACUCGAUGGGUAAUCUUGGAUAAUAUUCGGAUGAUGCUUUAACAAGAUCGUUUUUGGUAGUUGUAUUUCUUCUACAAUUGUUUUUGGAUUUGUUUAUAUGCUGUCAGAGCCUGCUGAAUGGAAAUCCUGCCAGAAAAUGUGUUUAAGAAGUCUGACUUUUAUGACAUUACGUUCAUAUUUCUGAAAAAUUUGUCACAAAAACAUUGUAAAAACAAACAAUACAUUUCUAACUAUAUUUGUUAAAAAGAUUCUAUUGAAAAUAUCAAAACUUCUACUGCACCUUUUUCUAAAAGCUUUAAACAUGUACUAUAUUUUGUACGUUACCUUAGGAUUUUAUAAGGUUGAACGGAGUCUAAACACAGAUUGAGCUCCUGCUUUGAGUCAAUAGACAACAUAGAUUUUUGCCCCCCUCAUCAAUCAUAAAUGGGGCAAUUCUGUAAUUUGUUCUUUUCUCUUACUGUGAAGCUGGGGACAACAGUGGCCCAUGUCAGCGAGAAACAAAAUUGGUUUGUAAUUUCUCCUGCAGGGUAUAUUCAAAUGAAUCUGAAGUUCCUCUGAUGGCUAAAUCCUUAUGCAUGUCGUCCCACUUUACAUAUAAGUAACUGGCAUUAGGCUUUAGAUGAAUAGGCAUUGUAAUGUGCUUAUUCAUUUUAUGGCCUUGAAUGCUUAUCCACAAGACCCUUUUCUGGGGUGGAGCUGACACUCAUCAGAGUGUAUAAUCAUACAAGAGGGUAGGCUAAUGAGGAAUACGAUUAAUGACUCUUUUCAGUGUUUCAAAAAGGCUGUCUCAUACAUUUCCAAGCAAAGCCUUAAGAGCUGGAUCUUACAACAAACAUGCCACAUACAAACAGCUAGAUCCACUGUGGUCACAGAGAGGGUGGUCCUAGUAACCCGUUGACCUAGUAUACAAUUCUCCAGUGCACAUGUCCAUUCCUGGUCCACUUCACACUGUUGAUCAUUGGAAGUGAUGUCCCGCUUGAUCAGAUAGAAAUUGUUCUCUUUUUUUUUUUUAUUCUAUAAAAAAGUCAGAAGAUAAAAAUGCAUUAAAUCACAAAUUGUACUGCUAUUUCAUUUGCGGCAGUGGUUCAUCACAACUAAGAUUUUGGAAGUCUGGACUGUUAGUGCCCAGACAAAGCACCUUGUUUUCUGGGCCCUCUAUUAUAAAAAGAGAUUCCAGCGCCGAUCUGAUAAUGUGCACCCAUGGUGCACUAGAGCGGAGGCAGACACAAAAUAAUGAAAUAUUGGUGGCGUUUUGGGAAUAAAAGUAUUUUCUUGCGGAACACCCCUUAGAAAGAUGGCUUGUAAAGUGCCAACGCACAGCGUCACAUUAGGAUGGUGCAGAGCGGGGUUUUAUGGCACAGUGAGUGGGACAUGUUGAAAGCUUGUAGAAUGAUGGUUUGUCCCUACAUUCCUUUAACGUGUGGCUGGAGAAGCAUGCCGUUGAUGUCACGUUUGUGUUGGUGUCUCUCGGACCUUCUUAGCAUCUUGAUUUUAGAGAACACGUUCAUAUUUCAAAAGCUGAGAUGAAUGUUGUUGAUCUUAGUGUUCUUGUGUAAGUGUGGCAUACAGUCGGUGGUUCCAACAACAACCUGUCUGCAGCGUGUGCUGUGUCCGUGAAAUCAUUUGAUUGUGGUAAAUACUUUGUUUUGUACCUAUACACUGGGAGGUCUGCCUGUCCAUCCACACUCCACUGCUGUUCUCACACUUGUGCUUCUAGGACAUCUGUUUAGUUUUGGUGAUGUGUACAACAUCUUGGGAUAUAAAGGGGAUUGUUUGCAUUCUUUAUUCCAACAAAGUAGCAGUUUUGUGGGGAGGUGAUAUUUCAUCAUGGUCUGUGUAAUGUUAACAUUUCUAAGGAAGUCAUUAUUAACAUGAUUAAUGGGGAUACCUUGUCUCAGUAAUCUUAUUUUUGGCUCCAAAUGUUAAGAGAAUAAAUGCCUGAAAUUCCAUGAAAUUUAUGAAUUAUUGCAUCUGGUCAAAUUGUAAAUCAAGGUGGACAUAAUGCUGGGGACUUGGAAACAGGAAUCCCAGAGUCAACCCAUGCACCAAAGUUAAUAACACAGUCAGAAAACGAUGCAGUUUAUUACAGUAACACUUGAUAGCAUUGAUUGGAAAAAUGGUCCCCAUAGCAAAAACGAUUCCCUUACCAAUUUUAUGGUUCAAUUCAUUUGUACAGCCAAAAUGAUUGUUCACUAAUUCUUUAUCAGGCCAACGUUAAUAUCUUAUGGAGUGUUGUUCAUUUGAAAGUGUUCCUCUGUACAUGGUAGGCACAUGAAAUAAAGGUCAUAGUCUACACACUU